UCGAUAGCCGACUAUAGUUAUCGGGGCUGAGUUGAGUUGUUGAAAACACAAUUCCAAUUGGCCAUUAAAUAGUCAAAUCCGCAGCUUCCCAAAACAUCAGGGACUUGCAUGUGCCUCCCAAGGAGCAGGAGAUUGCAGCAGGAGCAGCCGGAGCAGCAGGAGUGCGAUCUGGACUAGGACUCAAUUCGCCCAAGCUACUGCGGCGACGUCAACAGCAAUAUUGAUACAGUGGCACUUGGGGCUGCGUUUCCACAUCCGCACCGAAGAUGAGCUGGUUCGAAAAGGCCAAAACGGUGCUAAUUGAGGCGCUGGACAUCCAGGAUGACGACAGCAAGGCGGCGGAGAAGGACUCGCCGAUGGCAGGAGCUGCGAGCGAUGGUGGCGCAUCGCCUGGGAACAAUGCAACGGCGGAGACACCUGGAUCCGCUGCCACGCCCGCUUCGGAUACGCCAACAUUCUUUGACAAUCCGCAUGCCAACGAAAUGGUGACCAUUCCACCCACACCCACAUCGGUGCCAGGAAGUGCCGCCUACGGCAAACGGCAGUCAGCCACCUCGGAUUCGGUGGAUCUGCUGUCCUCCCCAACCUCGCCCAUCUCGCCCUGCGGCGGCGAUGUCCCCUCGGUGGCCAAGCGCUUGUCUGAAUCCUCGCUAGAACUCAUAACGGCCACCACGGCCAGCGAAGUGGAGAUGUCACCGGACACGGAGCCCUCCUUGCCCGACAGCAUUGUGAUAAUCGCCAGCAAUGACACAUCCGACAAUGCCGAGGGUGAUGGCGAGGAUGAUGACGAUGAGGGCACCCAGCUGAAGCGCCACAUGGAGGACCACUUGAAUGACUCCACCAAAACCAUGAAGGCUCUGGUCCUGAGCGACAUCCAGGUAGCCGGUAAUGCUGACUCCGAUUCCACGCAGAGCUUCGAGGACAUCCAGCUGCAGAUGAGCCACAAGGGCAAGUCGCCCGCUCCGGCCAAGACGGGAACGGUGGACCAGAGCUACUCGUCCACCUCAUCGGACAUCGAGAUCAUCUCAAAUCCGAAUGGCGACUCCAGCACCAACAGCACCACCACGCGCACCAGCCCGCAAAAAUUCAAGGAGCUCGCGGGCGGCAAGGUGUGCCUAAAGGCCAAGGGACAUCAUCGCGAGCCCUCGGAGAUCUCGCUGCUGUCGGAGGACUCACAGUCGGAGCUGGAUAAGCUGGUGCAACGCAUCAGCGAGCUGAACCAGGUGAUUGAGGCGCGGGAGCAGCGACUAUUGCAAUCAGAGCGCCAGAAUGCCGAGCUCCUCGAGCGCAACCAGGAGUUGCGCGCUCGCGUCGAAGCGGCAGCCAAUAGCGCCAACAGUCCGGAUGCGGCGGAUGCAGUGCAGCGUCUGUCGGCGCUGGAGAAGAAGUUCCAGGCCAGCAUACGCGAGCGCGAUGCCCUGCGCAUCCAAAUGAAGAGUCUGCGCGAUGAGCUGCAGAACAAGAUACCCAGGGAUGAGCUAGCCGAAUGCAACGAAAUGAUCGCCGCCCUGCAGUCCGAGGGUGAGAAGCUGUCCAAGGAGAUCCUGCAGCAGUCGACGAUCAUCAAGAAACUGCGCGCCAAGGAGAAGACCUCGGACACGUUGCUGAAGAAGAACGGCGAGCAGAUCUCGUUGCUGUCCAGCGAAUCGGAGCGCCUCAAGAGAUCCCUAGCCGCCAAGGAGGAAAUGGAGCGCACGCAAAUCGAGGCAGUUUGCCGGAUGACGGCGGAGAAGAAGCGCGUGGAUGAGGAGAACGCCGAGAGCCGCAGUCGCAUCGAAGAUCUUCAGUCCAGACUAGCUGCCCUGCAAGCCAGUUUCGACGGCCUAAAGGGAGAUCUGCAGAAGCGCACGCGCCUGGAGCAGGACAGUCUGCGUGCCGAGCAUCAGGAGUACGUGCAGCAGGUCUCCGAUCUGCGCGAGAAACUGCGCCUGGCCGAGCACAGCCUGGCCAGAAGGGAGCAGCAAAUGCGCGAGGAGAACCGCCAGCUAAUGCGUCGCCUGGAAGCCGCCGAGCUGCGGGCGGAGAGCUCUACUCAAGAGCUGGGUGCCACUACCACGCCGUUGAUACGACAGAUCGAGUCGCUGCAGCGUACACUGGACCAGCGAUCCGCUGCCUGGAACCGCGAGGAGCAGCAGCUCCUCCAGAAACUGGACGACUCACAGGUGCAACUGCGCUCGCUGCAGCAAUUGGAAUCCGUACAGGGCGAGAAGCAGGAGCUGCUGCGCACCCGUUGCGGCCUGCUGGAGGAGAAGCUGUCCAGUGCGCUAAUGGAGGCGGAGGCCGCCAAGAUGGCACUGCGUCAGCACGAUCUGGAAGCGGCCAACAAGGAAAACGAUCACAAAAAACAAUUGAGCCUGCUGCAGGAGGAGAUUCAGCAGCAGCAGGAGAGGAUUGCGAGUCUGGAGCAAUUGUGCCAGCGGCAAAAGGAAGAGGAGGAGCAGCGGAAACAGCCCACGCUGCUGACAGUGAAGGCGGUCAAGGCUAGCAGUGAGUUGCAGCCACAGCUGCAAAUGCAGCUGCCGAAAUCCCAGGCACCACUGCGCUCCUCACCGCCCCUCAGUUUGGUGGACGACAGUGGUUCCAACGAGGAGGCCCUGGGCGGCAUGAUCGACUGGCAGGCGGACGACCUCGAUUGCGCUUCCAACUCGGGUCGCCAGCAAUCGGGCAUCAUCCAAGGUGUACACCUGAGCUUUCUGGCGGCCAACACAACGACCUUUGAGCACCUGCAGGCUCUGCUCAAGCAGCGCGACGGGGAGCUGACCCACCUGCAGUGGGAAGUGUCGCGCCUGCAAGCAGAGCGAAGCGUUCUCGACGCCGAGAUAUCCAAUCUGACCAUCGAGCUGGAAACGAUGAAGGAGAAGCAGCAGAUGUACGAGGUAAUGGAGAAGGGAUACGAGGAUCUGCAGCAUCGCUACGACGCCCUGCUCCAGAUGUACGGCGAGAAGGUGGAGCGCACCGAGGAACUGGAGCUGGAUCUGACCGAGCUGAAGGCGGCCUACAAGCUGCAGAUCGACGAGCUGCUGGCCGCCCCGCCACCCAAUCUGCAACGGCCGUCGAAGCAAACAUGAUUGCCGGAGCGCAGGAUCGUCUCCCUGCCCGAGUUGCCAUGUUUGCGACGGACGUGGCCACCGUAACGUUGCCCAUCUCCGUCUCCCAUUCCCAGUUGUAAUGUAUUAUGCUUUCAAUACUAAUCGAUACGGAUCCGGUAUGGGGAACCCACUUCCAAGUCCCAAUCCACCC